GUUAACCUCUGUCCCUCAAUCAGUUUCAUGAGGUGCGAACACCAUGGAGAUGGAGGAGCAGCACAAUUCCACAGUGAGCGGCAAUGCGUCAGACAUCCAUGUGAUCACGCACAGUCUCUGGGAAGUCAUCACGAUAGCAACAGUGUCAGCGGUUGUGAGUCUCAUCACCAUAAUCGGGAACGUUCUCGUGAUGAUUUCCUUCAAGGUCAACAGUCAGCUAAAGACUGUGAACAACUACUACUUGCUAAGCUUAGCUUUUGCAGACCUCAUCAUUGGAGUUUUCUCCAUGAAUUUAUAUACCUCUUACAUACUGAUGGGAUACUGGUCCUUGGGGAGCCUUGCAUGUGACCUCUGGUUGGCUGUAGAUUAUGUGGCCAGCAAUGCUUCAGUGAUGAACCUUCUAGUAAUUAGUUUUGAUCGAUACUUCUCCAUUACAAGGCCGCUAACCUACCGAGCCAAGCGGACGCCGAAACGGGCUGGUAUGAUGAUUGGCCUGGCUUGGCUGGUUUCCUUCAUCUUGUGGGCACCCCCUAUUUUGUGCUGGCAGUACUUUGUUGGCAAAAGAACAGUGCCUGAUAAACAGUGCCAGAUCCAGUUCUUCUCUGAGCCCGUGAUCACAUUUGGGACUGCCAUUGCUGCUUUCUAUGUCCCUGUCUCUGUCAUGACCAUCCUGUACUGCAGGAUCUACAAGGAAACAGAGAAGCGCACAAAGGACUUGGCAGAGCUCCAAGGUCUCAACUCCUCAGCUGACUCCAGCAAUGCCAAGCCCCAAAAGACUUUCAUAAGAUCCUGCUUUAACUGCAGGCAGCCUGCCGGUUCCCCCCGGGAGCAGAACCAGGCAUCUUGGUCCUCCUCAAACCGGAGCCAUGUCACUAAGUCUGUAGAGGCAUCCAAUGAUGAGUGGUCCAAAAGUGACCAGGUGACUACUUUUAACAGCUACGCUUCCUCAGAAGAAGAGGAGCACCCUGUCUCUCCAGGGCUCUUUCAGGCACCUUACCAAGACCAAGCCUGUGGGCUGAAGGAGACCAUCAUUAUGAGUGAGAAUGAGCGACUGAGCAGCUAUGAGGAGGGCACCUACUUUCCUUCCCCACCGAAGAGCAGUUCACAGAAAAGCAAAAAAUGUGUCUCCUACAAAUUCAAGCCGGUUCUGAAAGAUGGCAGUCCUCAGCAGUGCAAGAAUGGGGACACAAAAACGGCACAGUCAUCGGGCUCCUCUGUGGAGUCUAUGGGUGCCCCCUCUUCCUCCUCCUCCAACAAACCCAUGGAUACCAACAUGAAGAUUCAAAUCACCAAGAGGAAGAGAAUGGUGCUCAUCAAGGAGAAGAAAGCAGCCCAGACUCUCAGUGCCAUCCUCCUGGCUUUCAUACUUACAUGGACUCCAUACAACAUCAUGGUUCUCAUCUCUACCUUCUGCUCAGAGUGCAUCCCACUGUCGCUCUGGCACCUGGGCUACUGGCUGUGCUAUGUUAACAGUACGGUCAACCCUAUGUGCUACGCCCUCUGCAACAAAACCUUCCAGAAGACAUUCCGCAUGCUGCUCUUCUGCCAGUGGAACAAGAAAAGGGCAGAAGAGAAGCUAUACUGAAGAAGAAGCAAAAGAAGAGAAGCACUUGGAAAUUCCCAGCCAUGCAUCGGAGCCCCAUCUGGACAACACCUUUAUCAGCUGUGCUAUCUUCAUUCUAUUUCGUUCUCUU